UCGAAGGCGAAAGAAGGGGAGGGGGGGCUCUCUUUCAGUUGAGCUGAUUUGGCGAGUUGUUCUCCUCCUCCUCUUUCUCUCUUUUUCCUCCAACAGCCAGAUCCGUGUCUUUGCUCAAGCCGAAGAAGUGGGCAGAGAGAAAGAGAGAGAGAGAGAAAGAGAGAGAGAGAAAGAGAGAGCACGCCGCACGAACUUGGCGGAAACUUAAGAGAAUGCGCCAAAAGCCCACGCUUCUCCUGCUGCUGGCGGUUGCUGCUUCUGCAUCCUAUGAACUCGAGCAGAAUGACUCCUCGGUCAGCCCCAGGAAGGUCAGGCUGGCAACCCAAAACUCAGCGGAUGUGGUUCGAUGCCUGAAUAGUGCCCUCCAAGUGGGAUGUGGGGCUUUUGCCUGUCUGGAAAACUCUACGUGUGACACCGGCGGCAUGUAUGACAUCUGCAAAUCUUUCCUCUACAGUGCUGCUAAAUUUGACACUCAGGGGAAGGCCUUUGUAAAGGAGAGUCUGAAAUGCAUUGCCAACGGCAUCACAUCCAAGGUGUUCCUAGCCAUUCGCCGGUGUUCCACAUUCCAGCGUAUGAUUUCGGAAGUGCAGGAAGAAUGUUAUAGCAAGCUGGGCAUCUGUGGCAUUGCAAAAAUGAACCCAGAAGCCAUCACAGAAGUGGUCCAACUCCCAAACCAAUUCUCAAACAGGUAUUACAGCAAACUUGUCAGAAGUUUGCUGGAGUGUGGGGAAGAAACAGUCGGGACCAUUAAAGACAGUUUGAUGGCCAAAAUUGGACCAAACAUGGCCAGCCUCUUCCAUCUCCUGCAGACAGAUCAUUGCGCCCAGAUCCAUCCGAGAGCAGACUUCAAUCGGAGACGCAUCCCCGAGCCUCAAAAGUUAAAAAUCUAUUUGAGGAAUCUCCGGGGGGAGGGACCCUCACCAACCCACAUGAAGAGUGAUUCUUCAGAAAGUGCGUAAUGUGCCACUGAAUGAGUAGAGAAUCCCAGUUGUACCAAACUAAGAAAUUGCUCUUUUUUUUCUUUUGCAUUCACAAUACACCAGAAAUUACUGUAACUGACUUCUAAGGACAUUGAGCCAAUCUAUACAUUCAAACAAACAAACAAAAAGGACCUGGCGUAGUUUUCCUGGGACUGUACCACUUAAAAGAUUGAGGUGGGGAAAACUGCCUAUUUAAAGCUUAAUACUGCAAAUGUACUCCUGCUUAAAUAGUUCUUUCAACAGUCUAAAAUAUUUCAUGAGGACCUCCUUUAAAUGGGAAAAAAUAGUUGACGUCUAUUUCUUCUCCUCUGCCAUUAAUCAUAACAUAUUCUGAAGUGGUACAGUCAGAAAUAAUUGGUUUUCCAUGUUUUCUAUGGAAGUAUAGAUUGGUCCCUGGUCAUCAGCUAUAGAAUCUUUACUUCUCAUCCCCAGGUCCCAUCCCACCCUUCAGACAAACUGUGUAAAAAUAGAAUUCUGGUUAGGACUGUAUAAAAGCUCCAUUUCAUCGUGGAAUGGUGGAUCCAUUGAUCUGCCCCAACAGAUCAAAUGAAUAUAAGCUUUCUUGAAAGUGAUCAUAAGAGCACUUCAGCAAACACCAAACUUUUCUUGUACUGUAGCUCAAGUGACUUUGACAGUCAGUCAGUGUAGAUAUAGCUCUGCUUAUCCUAACGGGAAGACAAAAAUGGGGAGUCUAAAACAAGAGCGAGAAGAAAGAAAAAAUGUGUAUUCUGUAGGUCUCGUUGAUAUGAAUGGUACUGGUUCAUAGGCAAAUAUCAGGAUCCUAUCUAGACUCUGAAUCUCAGUGCUCCAAGGUUUAAUUUUCUCACUUCUGAGAGUUCCUGAGAUGACUAUUUUUAAUCAAUGUUGACCUCUUCGCAUUCUGACAGUAGAAGAGGCUCCUAUAACAAAUGAGCAGUUCAUCUUGGAUCGCUUGGAAUGUUGUCCCAGCCUUUCCAAUUAAGUGAAGAAACAAUAUUUUCGCUGGCCUGAGGACUGAGCCGACAAAGAGCUAAGUCUUGAGCUUUUGUAACAACUAGAUCCGCCGCCCCUUCAGGUCUUCCUCAGAAAAAAAGGCACUUUGCCAAAGAUUAGAUACUUAUCUUUUUUUUUUCCUAUGCAAAGUCCAGAGGGUGUAAGCAGGUGGGGUAAGAUGAAAUGAUGUCCAAGUUGUUCUUCUGGAACUUUGAAACACCAACAACUUGUAUGAAAUGUGCUGCUGUCUUUGCAUUGCGAGAGUUUCACUUCCUGUGGACAAUUCCAUUUCCCACUUUCCAUUUUAACAUAUGGCAAGAGCUUAGCCAUAGAAUUGCCAUGGGUGGCAUUAAAAAUUAUGAUUUACCUGCUGUCCCCUGAUGUGUUGAGCUAUGGCUCUCAUCACUUUCCAGCAACAUGCUUGCUAUAGAGUGAUUGUAGACAUAAUCCAACACAUCAUAAGUACACUGGAUGGGAGAAGACUGUCCAGUCCUAAUCCGAGUUGUCACCGAUGGUGGUGAAAUUGUCUUGCACUGCACUUCUUGAGGCUGUAAGUAGAGAAUCUUAUGAUGGAAUGUGGCAUGCCCAAAACAAAAGUCUUUGCAUGAGAAAGUAGUAUGUGUAGGGAUAGGUUUGGUUAUAUCUCAGUGGACAUACUAUUUUGCUAGAAGAAAGUCUUAUGUUAUUUGGAUAGAAGGGCAGUUCUUUUCUUUUAAGAGUAGCCUCUUACAGUUUGAAGUGGAAGGUCUUCACUAGAGGACCCUUGCAUGGUAGUGGACAGAAGGGCUUAAGACGUGUCUGUAUUUUUGGGGAUGCUUAUACCUCUUGCAUGGUCUCUAAAAGAGCUGAUGAAACCAUCUAAGAUACCAUUACUUUCCUGGGUCACUUUAAGGAAUCUGGUGACCACUGUCUUAAGAAUAGAGCUUUGAGCCUUACUCUGUGAUAGAACCUGAACAAAUUGUGUACUGAGCAAAAAUUCCAAGGAAAUUCUUCUUUUUCAAAUGGUAUCACACAGCUUUGCAAUUCCUGGUUCCAUUUGAUAACUUUGCAGAUUUCUGGACAACUUAACUUUUAGGAGAACCACACCUCUGUUGAAAAGCAUCAGUACAAAAGUGACUCAGUUCUAAAGGGCACUAUACUGUUAAAUUAUUUAGCUUAGGAAUGCCACCUGAAUCAAGAGAAAGGGUUGGACAAGAAAAUUACUUCGGUCAUUGUCAGAUGCCAUAUCAUAAUCCCUGCCUACAUUAAACUCCUGCCUACAUUUCUUGGGCACUGUUUCAAAAAAAAAUAACUUCAGAAAACUGAACUAUACAUGACGUGCCUACUCGUAGCUUAACAAUUUAGCGAGGGCUUGCCUUAACUCUCAAUGAACUGGGUUGGAACAAGACUAAGUAGUUCAACUCAGGUCCCCUCCAUAUUCAUGGUCAGGCUGGUUGUUAAAUCACAAAUUCAGCUAACUUAGUCUGUUGUGAAUCCAUUGAUUUGCGACCUUUGAAAUGUCAAAGUUAAUGUCCCACUGAAGCAGCCUUUCAGAUGAAUCGCAAAACUCAGGGUCAGCUUAUAGUUUAAGAGGAGAGGUUAGCAAAGUAGGCUUGAUGGAUUCUCCUGAGAUAUCUCUUCUCUUUUCAUGCAAGUUUUGGCAGGCAACAGACCCACAUUUUUUUGAAGCUGCCGGGGCCCUGCCACCUUGUAUUUUUCACAAUGCUUCAGCAUGAGGUUACUGCAGGGAACGUAGGCAAAUUUUAUUGGAAGAUUUUGUAGGACUCUGGCCAAUAUGCUUGACUAUGCUGGGUGCUGAAAUUAAUUUUGGAGAAAUUAUUCCUGGAAUAUAUCUCAUCUGUUGGGAAGCUGAGGGUGCAUCUAGAAAGCGAAGCACGUCAGGAAGAACAGUAGGUUCUCAACGCUUUCUGAUCCAGUAGGUUUCUAUUUGCAAAUCAUUUAUAAGAACGAUAUAUUCCACUGGGCAUUUCUCUGAUUCUCCAGGUUGAAAAGAGGUAUUUCUGGAGCAGCUUGAAUUUAAAAGGGGGUUGUUCAAGUCAAGGCUUUGCUGCUUUCUUGAAAAAUUAGCUUUCCUAAUGCACUGGCUUCAAAACCUUGCUGGAAGGAUUUAAACAGGCACUUUACCUAUUGCACUUUCCAAAUCGGAAUAAAUCUUAUCCAUCGUGUGUGAAGUUCAUCUUCUAAUGAGAAAUCUUUUGGACUGCAGUCAGGUUCAAUAGAGACUUGAUCCAUGUACAUUCCAAAUUGGCAAGGUCAUCCACCAGAGGAAAAGGGUCAAAAAAGAUCAAGAUAGUGGCUUCAGAUGGUGCAUCCAUCUCUGUCUUUUUCUUUUGCUGCCCUCUCUGUGGACACUCCUGCAAACCUCUCCAGUAAGGGAAGUGGCAACUACAGGUGACCAUUACCUUACUGUAGAGAAGCGAAUAGUCACAAUGAAUAUACUGAAAAUAUGCUUCUCAUGGAAAACUAUUUAAAAAGCAAUAGAAUGUUUACCACGACGCCUUUAAGCAUUACCUUGCUGCUAAAAAUACAUUUCUCACCCGAGGCAGUACUUCAGCCUUUGCUGUCUUCAUUUAAAUGCAUGUAGCCCAAGAAAAAUGUGGUUAUAGAAUUAUAAGCAGCAAAGGAAGAAGGGAAGAAUUGCCAGUAGCAAGAUUUUUAUACUCCAUAUUAUGCAGUCAAGCUCAGUCUAGGUGUGAUGCUGUGGAAUAGAAACUUAACGCUUUUCAGGUAAAAUUUGAUUCCUUUGUUUGUUUCAGGAAUGUGUCUUUUCAACAAUGCUUUAAAAUGAAGGUUGAUUGGGGAACGAAGCGUGUUUCUUGAUUUGUGAGUGUGGAGCAUUGAUAUUCCACAGUACAUUGCUUGAAUAUUAAUGGCAUGUUGGAAUUCUAGACGGGGCGGGGGAGAGAAUGUGUAUGGGAGAAGGAAAAUCUAUUUGGCGAAUAGAUUAUAUCACAUUUGAGCAGGGGUCUCCAAACUUGGCAACGUCAAGACUUGUGGAAUUCGGCUGCCAUGCUGGCUGAGGAAUUCUGGGAGUUGAAGUCCACAAUUCUUAAAGUUGCCAACUUUAGAGACCCCUGCAUUAGAGGAUCUUGCUUUACAUCGACAAGUAUAGCAAUUCCUUAAAUCCCAUAGGUUGAUUCACAGAGUAAUUUUAACUGCACUGAAAUUGAUAUUUAAUUUUGUUAUAGAAUGGAUUUUCCUUGAAGAAAAAAAAGUGUGCAUAUAAUAAUGGUCACUGUAGCAACAAAGGGGUCAAAAAAAGGUUGGAUAGUGGAUGUGGCAUCUCAGUGAAAAGCCCUACCCAUCAUCUUGCUCCUUUUGACUUCUUCCCACGGGUGGGAAGACCAGACCCAAGCUUGUUCAUGAAACAACUGCAUAUCCCUAAAAUGGCCAAGUUGAUUGGCCUUGUGGCUAAUCCAUAAAAUUGUCUUAAGGAAAGCAAAAUACAUCCCCAUCUCAACCUCCUUAGACAAAGGAGAGCUCUCAAGAUGUUGUAGACGUCAACAUCUCAUCAAAAUGUGGCAAGGGAUUGUGGGAGUUUAUAGCUUGUGAUUUAAAGCAAGAGCAUAGCAAAAUACAGCCCUCCUGAUUCUAUUGAGUUCCAUCUCCAACCAUGCUGGGCUGGAUCUGAAGACCUGUAUGUGGUGUGCCUAACAUCUAAAAAAACAUGGAGAGGAACAGAUUCUCUAUCCUUGCUCCAAGGACUCCUGCCUUCCCUUUCUCCUCUUCCCCUUUUUCUUGAUUAUAUCCCCUCUUCAUGCCAUGAAAGUGACGUGCAUGAACAGAACUAGCCACUUGUAAGGAACAAGGUUUUGAUUGGGGAAGGAAAAACUGUAAAGGAAGGGAGAGACAACUUUUUAAAAAGAGCGUGCAAAAUGUUCCGAUUCAGACCGUUCUGAAUCCUAAGUGAAUGGCUUCAGGGUUCAAAACAGAUCUUUUCCUGCAUUUUGGAGGAGUAUUCAGAAAUGUUCAAAACAGCCCAUUUUGUAUUUGAGCAUUUGAAAGGAGCAUUUCAGAUUCUAGCCAAAUAUGAAACAUUUUGCAUGCUAUUAAAGAAAAAGCAGACCCUCUCUCCUCCUCUUCCUCAUCCCACUACGACGAGGAAACCGAAUUCCUGCUUUGAAUGGAAGAGGAGCUUGCAUACUCUCCAUUUAAUAUCUGUCAAAAGCCUAAAAUAGGUAACUGGUAUAGCUCUAAGCAAUUUUUAUAAGCUUAAGGUAGAUGAAUAACAGAACUCUGUGUGCUAUCAGUCCAUGCAAUAGAGUGAGUGCGACUCAGUGUGAUACUAGAUCAAAGUGCACCCCUUCUUAAAAACAUCUGGCCUUAUAAUAUUGGUGAAUCCCACUUGAAAUUGAGGGCUGGCUUAUCUUAAAAAAAAUAAUAAAGAAAAAUUGCAUGAUUUAAUUGUGAUUUUUUUCGCACUUUAGAUAUUUCGUGCCAUUUCUAUACAGAUACAUAUAUAUAUAAAGUAUGUAUUUAUAAUUUAAUUUUUUUUCCUUUUUUGGCCAAAUGCUGGAAUAAACAGUGAGCAUAUCUGGUAUAUGUCAUUAUUUAUUUAUUAAAUUGCAACUAAAUUUUUUUUUUUAGAAAGAAAAAAAAGAAAAUAACCACCGGUGUUCUUAUAAAGAUUAUUUAAAAGUUAUUGCAGCAAUGGGGAAAAGAUGCAAGUUAUUUUCUCUGCUUAUUUUUAUAAGUAAGAAAAAAAAAUGCAUAACAUUAUAAAGCUUGUGGUGGAUUCCUUAUGAGAGCGAAUUAAAAAAAAUCUGGCCCCA